GCGACACCGAACGAGGGAAUGCCGUUUGUACGAAGUUAGCACGCUAGCUGCUGUUUUAUGUUGUUUUUGCGAAUGCAGCGUCGGACUGGAGUAUUUUUUCAUCUCAAAGAGGCCUCUUCCCCAGCAUGAUGACCACAGAGAGGGGAGCUGGUGAUGCUGGUGCUGCUCAGUCCAGCAGUAAAAACAAGGAGAUAGAGAAGAAGAAGAGGUCACGAGUCAAACAGCUGCUCGGCGAUGUGAAGAAGCAAGUUGAAUUCUGGUUCGGAGAUGUCAACCUGCACAAGGACCGCUUUCUGAAGAAGCUCAUCGAUGAGUCAGACGAUGGAUACGUUGAUAUAUCCGUGUUGGCGAGCUUCAAUCGAAUGAAGAAGCUGACAACUGACACGAAGCUGAUCGCCAGAGCUCUGAAAAACUCAUCCGUAGUCGAGGUUAACCUCGAGGGAAAUAAAGUACGACGUCAGCUCCCAGUUGGAGACCUACCGGUCGAUGUAGACAGCCGCACAGUCUAUGUGGAACUGUUGCCCAAGGAUGUGAGUCACAGCUGGAUUGAAAGAGUGUUCACAAAAUGUGGAAAUGUGGUUUACGUUAGCAUCCCCAGAUACAAGUCGUCUGGCGACUCCAAAGGUUUCGCCUUUGUCGAGUUCGAGAAAGAAGAACAAGCGCGGAAAGCCAUUGAGAUGCUGAACAACCCUCCUGAGGAUGCUCCCAGGAAACCGGGGAUUUUCCCCAAAACGAAAAGCAGGAAACACAUUUCUCUACCGGCUGACCAUCCACCAGGUGAAGAGGAGGAGAAGAAGAAGCGAAAGAAGAAGAAGAAGAAAGAAGGUGCCACGGUGCAGCUGCCUGCAGGAGAAGCCAAAGAGCAGGCGAUGGAAGCCGAGCCGUCUGAGCAGAAGAGGAAGCGCUCAGUUAGCGGGGAUUUAGAUCCAGAGGUCACCAACAGUCAGAAGGCACCCGGCAAGCUGUCGGAGAAAAAAAGACGACGGUCGCAUACAGCAGAGGCGUCAGACAGUGACGUACCGUCUAAGAUAAGGAAAACCAGCGAGAGUGAAUCUGGAGGGAAGGAGAAAGUUGCAGUGACGAGUCUUUCACCCUCUCAAAGCGACUCGCAGAGAGAUACUGAGAAGGGGAAAGAAAACGGAGAUGAUUCGACCGUGAAAGCAAAGAGGAAGAGAAAAAAGAAGCACAAAGAGAAACUCAAAAUUGGGGAAGAGGUUAUUCCACUGCGCGUUCUAUCGAAGAAACAGUGGCUUCAUCUGAAAGAGGAGUAUUUGACCUUGCAGAAGAGCAGCAUGUCGUCCCUGAAGAAGUGCAUGAUUAAGAUGGAUCACAGGGACCACAAGAGUCGAAUGGAGACGGAUGAUCAGCCUCAAGAUGGAAAUGUCGAUAAAAGCAACACGAGUGAGAAGGCGACGAAGCCGGGCCCUCAGUUCACCAGCGGCGUCAUCGUGAAGCUCACACACAGCAAGGCGCUGCCGGAGAGGAAGAUCAUCAAAGAUGUCUUGUCCAGAAUCUCUCCGGUGGCCUACGUGGACAUCUUGGACGGAGACACCGAAGGUCACAUCCGGUUCCACAGCCCGGAGGAGGCCAAAGCCGUGAGCGACGCCAAGGCAGAGCUGCAGAAGGAGCACAGCUGGAAACUGGAGAUCCUCUCAGGUGACCACGAACAACGGUACUGGCAGAAGAUACUAGUGGAUCGGCAGGUCAAACUGAAUCGGCCGAGGGAAAAGAAGCGCGGUACAGAAAAGCUCAUAUCCAAAGCCGAAAAAAUCAUCAUCGCCCGAGCCAAGGAGGCCAACAAGCACAUCCGCUUCCAGGAAGACUAACUGAAAUCAGCCUGUGACGGCCACUCAGCUUUAACAGACUUUAUUUGAAGGGGACAGUUCGCGCUGGAAGAGAACUGAACGAACAAAUGGUUUCAAAUGUUGUUUUUUUUUGUUUGCACUGGAGCCCCCCCGCCCGCCCGUCGAGGUAACGUCGAAUGCUGCUGCGCAUUCGGCAACGUUUUAAAAGAAAUAAAUAACUGCUAACCGUUUUAAAAGAUUCUGUAUAGAUGUAAAUAUAAUCGACACAAAAGUUCUCCUGAUCAAGACGUGGACUCGCCAACGCCUUCUUGUUUUCUGUUUUUUAAAUAAAGUGUCGUUCUUUCAUGAUUACAGUA